GGUCUUCUGUUUGAGUUUCUUUAUACUUGUUGACCUUAGUGUUAGGGCCCUUACAGUGAUGGUAAAUUAUAACCGACUUAGCUUUAUUGUGGAAUACUUCGAUCCACAUGCUUCCUUGACGCGCACAUAUCAGCUUCUUUAUCAUUUAGAUGAUAAUACGAUAGAGAUGCACGACCUCAAGUUGCAACGCCUUUUUUUGAAACGCUGUGCGUAUCCCUCUCUUACAACAAAUGAGCUUUUCAUAGGAGCUAUUGUCUAUAUUUUUUCACGCCCUCUGAAAGUAAUUGAUUAUGGUGAUGAAGCUACGCGAAAGCAAUUGGGCGCCAACUCUGAGACAGUUAUGAUAAUUAUUUCUGAAAACAGCUUUUUUAACUCUGGAAAUAUAGUCUCUUCACUUACUGACUCAAAGCUACGUAUCAUGAAUAUCCGUAUGCUAGACCUCCCGCAAUACCUCGCAACACGCUCUAACACAACUCAACGGGUCAUUCUGGCAGUUUUGACUGCCUCACAGGCACUCGAGAAAACAAAGAAGGUAUGUAAGGAGUACCCUCAGGACGUUUCCAUAGUAGAAGAUGAUGAAUUGUUUGCUAGUUUGGAAGGACUGAUGCGUGGUCCAGGCCCAACUACUGCUUGUUUAGCGAACUGCGCAGUCUGUGUAAUUAAGCCACAUGCGAUCACAAGUGGUCACCAAGGUUACAUCUUGCAGCGACUUUAUGAUGAGGCCUUUACUAUUUCUGCUUUGGGUAUGUACAUGCUUACCAGAGCCGAUUCGGAGGAUUUCCUUGAAGUGUACAAUGGAGUAAUGCCCGAGUAUAAUAAAAUGGUUGAGCAGCUCUCCAGUGGACCGGUUUGGGCUAUUGAAGUUCGUGCUGAAAAUGCCGUUGCGGCGCUACGGGCAGUGUGUGGGCCUCAUGAUCCAGAUAUGGGACACUCGUUGUUUCCUCACACAAUCCGUUCCCAGUACGGUACAAAUCGAAUAUGUAACGCUGUCCACUGCACAGACUUGGAAGAGGAUGGGCCACUGGAAUCUGAAUUUUUUUUCUCCCUCUUACAAAACAAACAAUAGAUAACAGAAAAUGAGUAGGUUUGUAGAACAGACCCAUGCGAUGUAUUAUUAUUAUUGGGUUUGCAGAGAUACAACAUCAUGAACCAA